CUCGUCUCCUCCAAAGUUGAGGAUGCAAAACUGGAGAACCGCCUUCGUCAGAGCAAAGCCACGUGCGCCGACAUGCAUAAGAUGCUGCUUGAAGAGCGGAAACUGGCAGCCGAGGCCGAGGCGGAACACGAGAGCCGCCUGGUCCAGAUGGAGCAGGAGCAUCAAGAGAAGGUCCUGUACCUGCUCAGUCAAAUCAAACAUAAAGAAGAAGCAGAGAAGAGGCUGGAGACCCCCAUUUCAGAGCAGGAGCAGCAGCUUCUGGAGCGCCUCCGGUUCCAGGAUGAAGAGCUGGCAAAAAUGAAGGAGGUCUUUGAGAAGAACCAGGAGCUCUCCGAAGAGCUUGAAGCUGCCAGACAGAAACUGAAGAUUCUCCAAGCGGCCAGCUGCCAGAAGAUCCGCACCGCUCCCCUGUCGUUUACCAACACCCCGGAGUCCCCCUUCGAUUAUAUUCCGCCCAAGCCAAAGCCUCGUAGGCACACGACGGCAAAGCUGUCAACGGAUAUGGCUAUGGAAGAUCUGUCGUCCGAAACCGAUACCUCCGGAGGGGAAGCGGAGGAUGCCGAGUGGGUGCCGGCCAAGCUUGCCAGAGGAAUCAAGAAGAACAUUUUGGGG